CAUAGAAAAAAAGAAGACGUAAGAAGAGAUAAUAGUUUCUCAAAAAAAAUCUCGAAAGAUGUUAUUGAGAACGAUGGCGGCUGCUUCCUCACGUCCACCACCUUCAACGUCCCUAACAUCACCGCCACAGCCACCACAGUCGUCCCCGACACAGCUUCCCGUCCGUACAAUACCGGGGUCGUACGGUUGGCCGUUGGUUGGACCAUUGUCGGAUCGUUUAGAUUACUUUUGGUUCCAAGGACCCGAUAAGUUUUUCAAGACAAGGGCAGAGAAGUACAAGACCACAGUGUUCCGUGCGAACAUUCCUCCGACGUUUCCUUUCUUUGGCAACGUUAACCCUAACAUCGUAGCUGUGCUCGAUGUCAAGUCUUUUAGCCAUCUCUUUGACAUGGAUCUAGUUGAUAAAAGAGAUGUUCUCAUCGGAGACUUUCGGCCUAGCCUCGAUUUCUACGGAGGCGUUCGUGUUGGAGUUUAUCUCGACACCACCGAGCCAAAGCACGCCAAGAUAAAAAGUUUCGCCAUGGAAACACUAAAACGAAGCUCAAAGGUUUGGUUACAAGCGCUUCGUUCAAACUUCAGCACUUUUUGGGGAACAGUCGAAUCAGAAAUAUCCCAAAACGGCGCCGCUUCGUAUGUAUUCCCUCUCCAAAGUUGCAUUUUCAGUUUCCUCUGCGCCUCUCUCGCCGGCGUCGACGUUUCAGUGUCUCCGGACAUAGCUGAGAACGGUUGGAAAACCCUAAAUACUUGGCUUGCAUUGCAAGUAACCCCAACUGUUAAACUCGGCGUUAUUCCUCAGCCGCUCGAAGAGCUUCUUGUACAUACUUGGGCUUACCCUUCCGCAAUAGUCGCCGGAGGCUACAAAAAACUCUACAGUUUCAUCGACGAGAACGCCGGAGAUUGUAUCCGGUUAGGUCAAGAAGAGUUCGGGUUGACCCGGGAUGAGGCUAUACAUAACCUUCUCUUCGUGUUGGGUUUUAACGCUUACGGGGGCUUUUCCGUCUUUUUACCUUCUUUAAUCGGGAGACUCACCGGAGAUAAUACCGGGUUACAGGAGAGACUUAAGUCCGAGGUCAGGAGGGUUUGCGGAUCCGGGUCGGAUCUUGAUUUCAAAACGGUUAACGAAAUGGAGCUGGUUAAAUCCGUGGUUUACGAAACGCUGCGUUUUAGUCCCCCGGUUCCGUUGCAGUUCGCACGUGCGAGGAAGGAUUUUCAGAUUAGCUCACACGAUGCGGUUUUUGAGGUUAAGAAAGGUGAGCUUCUCUGUGGCUAUCAGCCAAUGGUGAUGAGAGACGCUAAUGUUUUUGACGAACCGGACGAGUUUAAACCGGACCGGUAUGUUGGUCAGACCGGAUCUAAAUUGCUUGAUUAUCUCUACUGGUCUAACGGUCCGCAAACCGGUACGCCGAGCGCCGCGAAUAAACAGUGUGCGGCUAAGGACAUGGUCACUCUCACGGCUAGCUUGAUCGUCGCCGAUUUAUUUCUCCGGUACGAUUCUAUUACCGGCGAUUCCGGUUCAAUUAAAUCUGUUAUAAAAGCUACAUAAGUGAAAAUUCAUUUGUAAAUGUAAUUUAAUCUUCAAUGGUUUUUAUAUGUUUUCGGAGUGUAGAACAAUAUUUGCCAUUUUAGAGUA